AUGUGGAAUACUCGUCUUAGAACCAGUCCCGAGCCUCCACCGGUUGCAAAGGGCGCUCUAAUCAAUGGCACGAUGAAGGAUUCCAAAAGGGCCGGCGCCUACGCAGAUGUUGUCAUAGAAAGAGGGAAUACUUAUCGCCUACUUCUUAUCAAUACUGUAUCUUACAGCCGUGCAUGCUGGGUUCGCAGUCUCGCUUAACGAUCACCGUUUUCGUAAGACCUCUUUUCAGCGUGGAAAAUGAGUUGAGUUGAGUUGAGUUCAGUAGUGGCACCUACUCAACCCGCUAAUUUCAUUCAAUUACAGAUCGGUUGGCAUGUAAAGUCCGGUUUUGGAAAUCAACACGGCGAGAGGGAGCCAGAGAUUCGCACGAUACAUACGUCGGGCUUGAUGAAGUUUGAAAAUGAAUUGCAAGGGAUGGAAGAAAUGGCGAAAAUUUCAGAAAGGUCACAAAUUAGCUGGUUUGGGUUUGUGACACUUCUACCUACCAGCACAGCUUCUUCUAGGAGUAGUUGA